AUGCAAAUUUCUAGAAUUUUUUGGUUAUUAAUAUUGAGUAUAUUCGUUAAAUUGGUGGUUUCUGGUGAGAGCCAUGUCCAAGAUGUUAGAUCUCUAGAUCAGUUUUAUGAAGUUUGCAAUGAUAAUAGUACUUAUACUGUCGUUAAAUACUACACUACUUGGUGUUCCCACUGUAAGAGAUUAGCUCCAGUUUUUGACAAGCUAGGUGAAUUUUAUGAUAAAAACAUUGGAAAUGACCUACCUGUUACAUUUUUGAAUGUUGAUUGUGAUGUAUUUGGUAAUACUCUAUGUGCAUCACUUCCAGGAUAUCCAGUAGUUCAGUUUAUUAAAGGAGAGACUCCUAGCUCUGAUGUCGAUGGGGUGGACCCACAAGAAUUAUCAUUCUUGGGUAGAAUUGUACAAAAGAUUACAGAUAGGUUUAAGAGUCCAAGCUGGCAAGUGAAUCCAGAAAGAAUCACUGAAUUUAAAGGUAGAAGAGACUUUGAUGGUUUGAAAAACUUUAUAGAAACUGUUAAAGGACAGGUGAAGAAAGAACAUAUGAUCUCUACCAUUUUAAAUGAUGGCGAUUGUAACGAAUCUGAACUUUGUAAAAUUGGGAAAGCUUAUCUUCAUGACACUUUAAAUAACAUUAGUACCAAAAAGGCUGUUGAUCAGGAAAGAAUGAAAUUAGAAAACAUUAUCAAGAACAAUAAAGUUGAUGAAGAAGCUGAACAAAAAGCUUUGGAUAUAGUCAAGUUCAAAUUAGAAUUUUUGAAUUAUUUCGAAGACACAUUGAACUUGGAUUUUGUUGAAGAAAGGAAAUUCGUGGAUUUGAAACACCAUGAUGAGUUGUAA